GGAGGGGUGGGGACGGGGGCGUGGAGAUCGGAGCCUGCUCCCCGCGCGCUCCGCCCGCGGCGGCCAUCUUUACUCCGGGCAGGGAGGGUGCCCCGCCGCGACGGUAACUAGGCUUGGGGGGCCAUGUUAGGUUUGGGCAAGGGCCUCUCGUCGGUUCUCGGCUUCCGUCACUCCGCUUCCGGCCGCCGGCAGGCGUAGGGGCCUGCUUCGAGGGACGACGCCGCGGGCUGGCGAGGCUCACAGAGCCACACUGUUGAUGACCGCUGAAGGCCCGGGAGGCGGGAGAGCGCGAUGGCUGGGAAGAGGCCGUCGGGCGCGGGCAGGCAGCGCCGGCUGCUGGGGCUGCUGCUGGCUGUAGCCGCCGUCCACCUCAUCACCUGCCCCUAUGCCAAAGUGGAGGAGAGCUUCAACCUGCAGGCCAUGCAUGAUCUACUUUACCACCGGCUGGACGUGGACAAGUAUGACCAUCUCGAGUUCCCCGGAGUGGUCCCCAGGACGUUCCUCGGGCCCCUGGCCGUGGCGGUGCUCUCCAGCCCUGCGGUCUAUGUGCUGUCCCUGCUAGAAGCAUCCAAGUUUUAUUCUCAGCUAGUAGUCAGGGCUGUCCUUGGACUCGGCGUCAUCUUCGGACUCUGGACUUUACAAAAAGAAGUGAGGCGGCAGUUUGGGGCCACGGUGGCCACCAUGUUCUGCUGGGUGACAGCCACGCAGUUCCACCUGAUGUUCUACUGCACGCGGACGCUCCCCAACGUGCUGGCCCUGCCCGUGGUGCUGCUGGCCCUCACGGCCUGGCUGCAGCUGAAGUGGGCCCGCUUCACCCGGCUCUCGGCCUUCGCCAUCCUCGUGUUCAGGGCCGAGCUGAGCCUGUUCCUGGGCCUGGUGCUGCUGACACCACUCUGCACCCGGAGGCUCUCCGUGGCAAAGGCCCUGCGCUGCGCCCUGCCGGCCGGGGCCCUCUGCUUAGGACUGACGGUCGCCGUGGACUCCUAUUUUUGGCGAUGUCUCGUGUGGCCGGAGGGAAAGGUGCUUUGGUACAACACCAUCCUGAACAAAAGUUCCAACUGGGGAACCUCCCCGCUGCUGUGGUAUUUCUACUCGGCCUUGCCCCGCGGCCUGGGCUGUAGCCUGCUCUUCGUGCCCCUGGGCGCCAUGGACAGGAGGGCCCUGGUGCUGCUGCCGCCCUCGCUGGGCUUCGUGGCCCUGUACUCGCUGCUCCCGCACAAGGAGCUGCGGUUCGUCAUCUACACCUUCCCUGUGCUCAACAUCGUGGCCGCCAGGGGCUGCGCUUGCCUUUUGUGCAUCUACGUGGUGAUCAGUGCUCAUUGUGAUCACGGUGGACAGGAGCUGUUUUCUGCCGCAGUGUCUUCUGAGAUGUGCUGUUCUCUUUCCAGGCUGAACAAUUAUAAGAAGUCUUGGCUGUAUAAAGUGGGGUCCCUCCUCGUGGUAGGACACCUUGUGGUGAAUGCCACAUAUUCGGCCACAGCCCUGUAUGUGUCCCACUUCAACUAUCCUGGUGGUGUGGCCAUGAGGAAACUGCAUGACUUGGUGUCCCCCGGGACAGAUGUCGUUCUGCACAUCGACGUCGCUGCCGCACAGACAGGCGUAUCUCGGUUUUUGGAGGUCAACAGUGCCUGGAGGUACGAGAAGAGGGAGGAUGUGCAGCCCGGGUCGGGGCAUAUGCUGGCUUACACGCACCUCCUCAUGGAGGCCGCCCCUGCGCACCUGGCCCUCUACAGGGACACACACCGGGUCCUGGCCGGCAUUGCAGGCACCACCGGGGUGAGUCUGAACCUGACCACACUGCCUCCCCUUGACGUCAACCUAAAGACAAAGCUGGUGCUUCUGGAGAGACUCCGUGGGCCUUCCUGAGAAGGGGCCAGUGUCCUUCCGAGGACAUCGGAGCUCCGUCAGCAUCCUGGCAGAUGAGACAGUACGAGAAACAACGGAACCACGGACGUGCCCCCGACGCAGGCCUGAGGGAAGAGGCC